AAGUACUUAACCCGAGGUACCACUGUAUUGGGAUGCUUAGCUGGUGAUAUACUGUAUUACGAUGUUGAAAACCAGGCAUCGUCCGGCCCUAAAAAAGAUGCCAGACUCAUUAGAAAAGGAUUUACUAACCGCUUAGUACUUAGAAGAAGGCCAAGGGGUUCCUUCUGAUUUCUUGGAGGCUUCCUGAGAACACAGAUGGAUGAGCAAGACUCAGCCGGCCCAGAAGCAGGAAGGGGCCAUGCCAUCAACACUGGGAGCAGUGAGGGAUUCUGGGAAAACUCUGUGAAGAAGAUCCUGGGUGAGGAGGACACCCUCCACUCUGAUAUGAAGAGCCAGCAGUUCAGGCAGUUCUGCUACCAGGAGGCCAAAGCACCCCGAGAGGUUUGCAGCCAACUCCACCACCUUUGCCAUCAGUGGCUGAAGCCAGAAAGGCACACGAAAGCUGAGAUGCUGGACCUGGUGAUCUUGGAGCAGUUCUUGGCUGUCCUUCCGCCAGAGAUGGAGAGGUGGGUGAGGGAAUGUGGAGCGGAGACCAGUUCCCAGGCGGUGGCCCUGGCCGAAGGAUUCCUCCUGAGUCAGGCAGAGGAGAGGAAGCAGGCAGAGCAGCAGGGAAAGAUUAUCUUUGCAGAAAUGGGUCUGGAUUCCUCUGAGGCAGAGAAGACUCCGUUGGUCAGGAGAGAGAGGCCGCUGGGUGACAGAAUGAUGCUGCCAAGACCUCUUAAUCCAUCUUUGCGUGGAGGCAGAGGAGAAACAUCAGCUCUGGAACCAGAUCAGGGUCUUGUAUGCUUUGAAGAUAUAGCUGUUCAUUUCACAGACGAGGAGUGGGCGUUGCUGGAUCCUGACCAGAGAGCUCUGCAUAAGGAAGUCAUGGAGGAGAAUGGUGGGAUCAUGAACUCUCUCAUUGGUGAUGAAUCAGAGAUUAAGAACCAGGGAGACCAUGACCAUGUCUACACCAUGGAGAAGCAAUGUAAAUAUUCUGAGUGUAGAGAGAACUUCAGUCAAAGCUCCCACUCCGCUUCCCUCCGAAUAAAUCCAUUUGGGAAUAAAUCCUAUCAGUGCCUGGAAUGUGCGAAGAGCUUCAGUCGGAAAGAGAGUCUCACUUCCCAUCAAAGAAUUCAUACAGGGGGGAAACCGUAUCAGUGCAUGGAAUGUGAGAAGAGUUUCAGUCGGAAGUUCAAUCUAACAGCCCAUGAAAGACUUCAUACAGGAGAGAAACCAUAUCAAUGCUUGGAAUGUGCGAAGAGUUUUACCCAGAAAAAGGAUCUCACUUCCCAUCAGAGAAUUCAUACAGGGGAGAAACCAUUUCAGUGCUUUGAAUGUGGAAAGAGUUUCACCUGGAAGAAAAGUCUCACUUCCCAUCAAACAAUUCAUACAGGGAAGAAACCAUAUCAGUGUUUGGAAUGUGGGAAGAGGUUCUGUCGGAGUGCCCAUCUCACAACCCAUCAAAUAAGUCAUACAGGGGAGAAACCAUAUCAGUGCUUGGAAUGUGGGAAGAGCUUCAGUCGGAAGUUCAAUCUCACAGUCCAUGAAAGAAUUCAUACAGGAGAGAAACCAUAUCAGUGCAUGGAAUGUGAACAGAGUUUCACCUGGAAGGAAGGUCUCACUUCCCAUCAAAGAAUUCAUACAGGGGAGAAACCAUAUCAGUGCAUGGAAUGUGGAAAGAGGUUCACCCGGAAGUUCUAUCUCAUAGUCCAUGAAAGAAUUCAUACAGGAGAGAAACCAUAUCAAUGCUUGGAAUGUGGGCAGAGCUUCGGUCAGAAGACCAGUCUCAUAGGCCAUCAAAGAUGGCACAGUGGGGAGAAACCAGACAAUGGCUGUCUAUAUUCCUCUGAGGCAGAGAAGACUCUGUUGGUCAGGAGAGAGAGGCCACUGGGUGACAGAAUGAUGCCAGGGAUACCUCCUCAUUCAUCUUUGCAUGGAGGCAGAGGAGAAGCAGCAGCUCUGGAACCAGAUCAGGGUCUUGUAUGCUUUGAAGAUAUAGCUGUUCAUUUCACAGACGAGGAAUGGGCGUUGCUGGAUCUUGACCAGAGAGCUCUGCAUAAGGAAGUCAUGGAGGAGAAUGGCGGGAUGAUGAACUCUCUCAAUGGUGAUGAAUCAGAGAUUAAGAACCAGGGAGACCAUGACCAUGUCUACACCAUGGAGAAGCAAUGUAAAUAUUCUGAGUGUAGAGAGAACUUCAGUCAAAGCUCCCAUUCCGCUUCCCUCCAAAGAAAUCCAUUUGGGAAGAAAUCCUAUCAAUGCUUAGAAUGUGGAAAGAGCUUCACCUGGAAAAAAGAUCUCACUUCCCAUCAAAGAAUUCAUACAGGGGAGAAACCAUAUCAGUGCUUGGAAUGUGGGAUGAGGUUCGCCUGGAAGAAAAGUUUCACAGCCCAUCAAUGGAUUCAUACAGGGGAGAAGCCGUAUCAGUGCAUGGAAUGUGGGAAGAGUUUUACCUGGAAGAAAAGUCUCACUUCCCAUCAAAUAAUUCAUACAGGGAAGAAACUAUAUCAGUGUAUGGAAUGUGAGAAGAGUUUCAGUCGGAAAAAGAUUCUCACUUCCCAUCAAAGAAUUCAUACAGGGAAGAAACCCUAUCAGUGCCUGGAAUGUGGAAAGAGCUUCAUUCAGAGGGCCCAUCUCACUUCCCACGAAAGAAUUCAUACAGGGGAGAAACCGUAUCAGUGCUUGGAAUGUGGAAAGAGUUUCAGUCGGAAAGAUAGUCUCACUUCCCACGAAAGAAUUCAUACAGGGGAGAAACCGUAUCAGUGCUUGGAAUGUGGAAAGAGUUUCAGUCGAAAAGAUAGUCUCAUUUCCCAUCAAAGAAUUCAUACAGUGGAAAAAACAUAUAAGUGCUUGGAAUGUGGGAAGAGUUUCAGUCGGAAAAAGAAUCUCAUGGCCCAUCAAAGAAUUCAUCCAGGGAAGAAACCAUAUCAGUAUUUGGAUUGUGGGAAGAGGUUCUGUCAGAGUGUCCAUCUCACAACCCAUCAAAUAAGUCAUAUAGGGGAGAAACCAUAUCAGUGCUUGGAAUGUGGGAAGAGCUUCAGUCGGAAGUUCAAUCUCACAGUCCAUGAAAGAAUUCAUACAGGAGAGAAACCAUAUCAGUGCAUGGAAUGUGAAAAGAGGUUCACCAGGAAGUUCUAUCUCAUAGUCCAUGAAAGAAUUCAUACAGGAGAGAAACCAUAUCAAUGCUUGGAAUGCGGACAGAGCUUCGGUCAGAAGACCAGUCUCAUAGGCCAUCAAAGAUGUCACAGUGGGGAGAAACCAGACAAUGGCUGUCUACAAACCUUUUCGCCGCCAAGGGUGAGUGGGCAGUCGAUGACGUAUCCAUCCGAUUCCGAUCCGAGCACUCAGCAUAGUGCAUCUCCCGUUCCUUUUCUAUUCUUUCUCUCCAUUCUCUGUUUUCAAUCCUUGCUGCUUUUUCAUGAAAAGGAUCUGUUUGCAGAAAUGGACCCGUAUUCCACUGAGGAAGAGAAGACUCCAUUGGACACGAAAGAAAGACUACUGGGUAACAGAAUGAUGCCAGGAAGACCUCCCCAUACAUCUUUGCAUGGUGGCAGGGGAGAAACAGCAUCUCUGGAGCCAGAUCAGGGUCCAGUGUGCUUUGAAGAUGUAGCUGUUCGUUUCACAGAUGAGGAGUGGGCUUUGCUGGAUCCCGACCAGAAAGGUCUGCAUAAGGAAGUCAUGGAGGAGAAUUGUGGGAUCAUGAACUCUCUCAGUGGUAAUGACUUGGAAAUUAAAAACGAGGGAGACCAUGACAAUGCCUACACAAUGGAGAAGCGAUGUAAAUAUACAGAGUGUAAAGGGAACUUUAGUCAAAGCUCCCAUUCCACUUCCCUUCAAAUAAAUCCCUUUGGGAAGAAAUCCUAUCAGUGCUUAGAAUGUGGAAAGAGCUUCACGCAGAAAGAAAGUCUCAUGACCCAUCAAAGAAUUCAUACAGGGGAGAAACCAUAUAAGUGCCUUGAAUGUGGAAAGAGCUUUGCCUGGAAGGAAAGUCUCACCACUCAUCAAAGAAUUCAUACAGGGGAGAAACCAUAUCAGUGCAUGGAAUGUGGAAAGAGCUUCGCCUGGAAGGAAAGUCUCACUUCCCAUCAAAGAAUUCAUACGGGGGAGAAACCAUAUCAGUGCUUGGAAUGUGGAAAGAGCUUCGCCUGGAAGGAAAGUCUCACCACUCAUCAAAGAAUUCAUACGGGGGAGAAACCAUAUCAAUGUUUGGAAUGUGGGAAGAGUUUCAGUCAGAGUGCCCAUCUCACCACCCAUCAAAGAAGUCAUAAAGGGGAGAAACCAUAUCAGUGUUUGGAAUGUGGGAAAAACUUUACCCAGAAAAAGAGUCUCAGAUCUCAUAUAAAAAUUCAUAAAGGGGAGAAACCAUAUCAGUGCUUGGAAUGUGGAAAGAGCUUCAGUCGGAAAGAAAGUCUCACUUCCCAUCAGAGAAUUCAUACAGGGGAGAAACCAUAUCAGUGUUUGGAAUGUGGAAAGAGCUACAAUCAGAGAUCCAAUUUUAAGUCGCAUCAAAGAAUUCAUACAGGGGUGAAACCAUUUCAGUGCUUGGAAUGUGGGAAGAACUUUAGUCAGAGUGCUAUCCUUAAGACACAUCAAAGAGUUCAUACAGGGGAGAAGCCAUUUCAGUGUUUGGAAUGCGGAAAGAACUUCAGUCAGAAAUUAACUCUUAGUUUCCAUCAAAGAAUUCAUACAGGGGAGAAACCAUAUCAGUGCUUAGAAUGUGGAAAGAGCUUUAGUCAGAGGACCAAUCUCACAGCCCAUCAAAGAAUUCAUACAGGAGAGAAACCAUAUCAUUGCCUGGAAUGUGGAAAGAGCUUUACCCAGAAGGAAAGUCUCACGAACCAUCAAAGAAUUCAUACGGGGGAGAAACCAUAUCAGUGUUUGGAAUGUGGAAAGAGCUUCACCCAGAGAUUAACUCUCACUUUCCAUCAAAGAAUUCACACAGGUGAAAAGCCAUAUCAGUGCUUAGAAUGUGGAAAGAGCUUUAGUCAGAAGCCCCAUCUCACAGCCCAUCAAAGAAUUCAUACAGGUGAGAAACCAUAUCAGUGCUUGGAAUGUGGAAAAAGCUUUACCAGGAAGGAAAGUCUCACUCCCCAUCAAAGAAUUCAUACAGGGGAAAAACCAUAUCAGUGUUUGGAAUGUGGAAAGAGCUUCACCUGGAAGGAAACUCUAACUUCGCAUCUGAGAAUGCAUACCAGUAGUGGUAGCAGUAGUCAUUUUAUUACUGUCAGUGACCAGUAUCAAGAUAAAAACACCAAUUACAAAAUUGAAUAGUUUAGAACAAAGUUGAGUAGAACAAAAUAAAUUAGUAUAAAAUCACAUACACAUAAAAAGUUGUUCUAGUUUGUCAUUUUUCUGUCAGAAAGAAGUUCAUUCCGAAAUGGACACUCUAAUCAACAGGUUUACAGAGACACUCAGAAAGGAGAUUGACUUGAUAAGUCACAAGACAUCAAUAAAACCUUUUCUACCCAACUCAUUGAGAGCCAAAGAUAAGGUUCAGGAAAUGAGCUCUAAAUCACAAGAGUUUACAAGGCAGAAGCUUGACAGUGGAAUGAAAGAACAACAUCAUUUAGUGCUUCUAUUGAAUAAGGUUAGCCUUACUACCGUAUUUUUCUAUGUAUAAGACCAUAUUUUUGUUGGGAAUCAAGCCUUUAUCAGGAGAAACUGGCCACUCUCCAGGCACCCGGCUUGAUCUCCGGUUGACCUCCCUGUCUGCAUUCCCCGGCAGGAUACAGGCUAGGUCGCGAUAGGCGAUCCUUCUUGGCGUGAGAAGAACACCCCCCCUCUUUCCUGCCCCCCCAGGCAGGGGAAAGAGAUAGACAGAAACGUAUUUACAUGCCUUUAUUUCUGUCUUUGCAGCGAUAC